UUUUCAUUUUCAGGCCGGGUAGGUCUUGCAACAACAGUAGUCAACGGGAAAAUAGAUAUAGAAUCGGCAGAACAAUCGCCAUCCAUCCGUUGAAAUAAAUAAUCUUUGUAGAAAUAAAUCACAAUAAUAAGUCAGAAGAAAGAGUAAGACAUACAUUUGACACAGAAGGCACACGGGAAGAGGCGCAAAGAAAAACUUCCAUACUCGAUGACAUUACAUCGCAAUGUCCGAUCGUUUGGGGCAAAUAACCAAGUCCAAGGAUGGGAAAAGCAAGUAUUCCUCACUCAGCCUAUUUGAUAAGUACAAGGGAAAGUCUAUAGAAACUCAAAAAACCACAGUAGUUCCGCGACAUGGCUUACAGAGUCUUGGCAAAGUGGCUGCAGCCCGGCGCAUGCCCCCACCUGCUCACCUGCCGAGUCUGAAGUCAGAGAACAAAGGAAACGAUCCCAACGUGAUUAUCGUUCCCAAAGACGGAACAGGAUGGGCAAACAAGCAGGAACAACCCGAUCAAAAGAGUUCCAUUGCAUCAACAACACAGCUGCUGGAGUUGCAGCCGCAGCUGGCUUUACAGAAGUCUGUCUCCAAUCUUCAGAAGCCCACACCAGCAACCAGCCAGGAGAGCACAAACACGGGUGGACCAAAGCAAUGGGCCCAACUAAAUGGAAAGGCAGUCGAACAAGAUGGUUCAAGGGCCUCAAACCGACUGCAGCCCUUCUCUCACGAGGAAUUUCCAACGUUGAAGGCAGCCGGGGAACAGGACAAGGUUGGCAAGGAAAGAAGCGCCUUCGAUCCGUCGUAUGGGCCCGGACCAAGCCUCCGCCCCCAGAAUGUGACGAGCUGGAGGGAGGGUGGAGGAAGGAACCUUCAGCCCUUGUCCCUGCCAUCUGCCUUGCCCUCCGACCCAGAGAGCAAGUCCAGCGGUGUGGCUGAGACCACGACCCCCCCCCCUCCCUCUCACGCCUCCGUUGCCUCCAUCCCCCUUUCCGCUAGUCCUUUGGUUACUGCAAUGGUUGUUGCAGCCCCCCCAUCCCCUGACCUCAAGGAGCCCUCUCUCCGGCCUGCCCAGCCUUUACGCAGAUCCACCCCCUCCUCCCUGCAGUAUCAGCUCCACCAUUCCCCCACCACUGUCUACCAUGACAUGUUGCCUGCCUUUAUGUGCCCCAAACAGACUCGUGAUGCCCCAGGCUCUGUUGAGCACCCUCCUGCCACUGUAGUGGCCCCAGUGCGCUUUGACAACAGGCCCACCUUCAGACAGCCCAACCCAGAGCCUGUGAACGGUGAGAUGAGACGAGAAAACCGCUUCAUCCGCGGACCCACUCGCCCCUCAUCCCGCCCCAUUCGUCGUCCUGGCGAACGACCUCCCCGUCCCACCAUCAUCAACCCAGAUGACCUUAAGGAUCUUGAUGAACUUGACAAUGAUUGUGAGGAUGGCUGGGCAGGUCUCCAUGAAGAAGUGGAUUACAGCGAGAAACUCAAAUUCAGUGACGAUGAGGAAGACCACUCUACAAUUGAGAAGAACCAGAUGUGGCCUGAGUGGGAGAAACACCGGGAGCGCCAGUCAUCCCUCAGUUCGGGGGAGGGGGCUUACCCCCAGGAUGGCACAGAUGAGGAGGUUUACCUAUACCACCGGGAUUCACUGGCUCACAAGAAGACCAAUGGCAGGUUCCCAUACACUGAGGCCCAAUCCCAGCAAAAGAGCUCUGGGUCAGGGACGAUCCACCAGGGUGAAACCCUUGAUGACCAGGAAGAGGUUCAGCGCCAGCCCCAGAAUCAGGCUCCACCUAGGGCAAAGUUUGUGUCGCCUGAGCUCUCUGAGGCAGUGGAGAGGGCACGCAGGCGCCGUGAGGAGGAGGAGAGACGGGCCCGUGAGGAAAGACUGGCUGCAUGCGCAGAGAAACUCAAGAAACUGGACGAGAAGUUUGGAAAGACAGAGAGGCAGGUCUUGAGGUCUGAGGACGAAGGGAAGGAGACAGAGGGCAAGGAGCUGGCACUCUCCCCUGGGAGGGAGCCAAGCAAAAGUCACCAGGAGAGCUGGCAGUACGGGACGAAAGACCCUUGUGACUAUCCCCAGGAAUAUUCCCCCGGCCAGGACUACAGAGAUGAAGCACACCAGGGCUUACCUGCCUACCGCAGUGAGGAUGAUUUCCCCGAGCCCACUUCUCCCUUGGCCGACUAUGGUCGCCACCAACCACCCAAGCCCCUUCCUCCCCGCUUCCAAAAGCAGCACCAGCAGCAGGAACAAGUAUAUAAAAUGCAGCACUGGCAGCAAUCUGGCCACCCUGCCCCCUCUGGCUCCAGCCACCCCCAGAGAGGCUACUACCCUCCUCACGUCUUGGGGUUUGACCCUCGUUGGAUGAUGAUGCCCCCCUUCAUGGACCCUCGCAUGGCCCAGGGCCGAUCACCUGUAGACUACUACCCUAAUGCUGUGCAAUCUUCAGGAUUGAUGAAACCCAUGAUGCAGCAAGACCACCUGAACAGUCCUGGGUCUGAUGAGGGCUGUCAUCCAAAUGUGCAUCAAGAGAGAAGGGCCCCUUCAACCGAGCCUUACCCUGUGUGGAACCAAGAUGGAUACCCUCCUCGCAGCUUCACCCCACCCUAUCAGAGGCAGCAGGACAACUCUGACCGGUGCCAAUCAGAUGACAGGAGUGACAGGACCUGCACCCAACAGGAUUCAUAUGAAGAGAGGGGUACUGAGGGCCUAGAACACCAGGGCUAUCACCAGAGCAGAGGUCUGGACCGAGACCCCCAGCACAAUCAAGGCCUUCUUGCCACUGCCCCCAACCGCUCGCAGCAGCACCCGGAUACCGAUUACCCCAUACUGGACCCCAAAGAUGGACACUUAAAGGACAGUACUGAGUCCCAUGAUGAGGUCUUUGAUGUCUCCAAAGAGAAGGGCUUUGACUCCGACUACUGGAGAAGAGAUGGAGGGCAGAAGAAGGAAGGCGGAGGUCAAGGGCAAUGGUCAGACCUAGGCUCCAGUUCAAGCAGCAGCAGUGUGAGCCAACCUUCUGAGAUCGGCGGGAAAACUCUGACACGCAGAACCGGACCUAUCAAGAAACCAGUACUGAAGGCCCUGAAAGUGGAAGACAAGGAGAACGAGAAGCCUAAAGUGGAACCCGAGGAAAAGACAGUUCCUUACCGCCUAGAGAAGGAGGUCCUUACCAAUGUAUAUGAUCUAAAGAAAGACAUCCAGUCUGUAAGUAACAGACGCGCAGCCUCACCUGCGGUUGAGAAGCAGCCAGAAGAGAGAAAUCAACUAUCACCACCUGUAAAGGUGGAGAGGCCUCCAAGUAAUAGUGACGAUUCACCCAAAGAGAACAGUUGGGACAGCAGCAAGAGCCAGUCGUCUAGGGAGAGCCAGGAGAGCAGGGAACCCCAGCUUCCCCGACGCAAUAACUGGAUUUUUAUUGAUGAGGAACAGGCAUUUGCAGGAGCCAGAGGAACGGGUCGAGGCCGAAGCCGGGGCUUCAGGGAGUUUAACUCAAGGGGAGGAGGCGGCCGGGGAGGACGAGGAGGAGAGAACUCAAGGGCAGCUUACAACAACAAUAACAGGGAUGUCCAAAGGCCAGGUAGAGGCAGAGGACUGCCAAGGGACUUUAUCAAGGUUGAGGAUCUCCAGAGAGGGAAACCACGAAGGCGCAAUGUCAGUGAGACGCUGAGUGAGGCAUCGGAAUAUGAGGAGCUGCCCAAACGGCGGCGGCAGAAGGGUUCAGAGAAUGGAGAAGGUGGGUGCCUAGACUCUGGUGAGGUCAGGAAGGCUGACCGGGAUUCCUGGAGGUCCAACAAGGUGUACACUGAUGAACAGGCUGUCAGCGAUUCCCGUGAGAAGAGCAAAGUCACAAAAGGGUUCAGCGGGCGCUCGCUUCCCCCGAGGUUGAACACCAGUGGAGGCUACAGCCGAGGCUUUGGUGGCUCCAGAGACAUCUCCACCUGGAGGGGCAGGGGAACCCAAUUUGGUAACGGAGGACCCAUGCAGGAGAAUGGCUACGGACUGGGAGCGGAAACCUACUUGCGCAGACCUCCAACAGAACGUGAACCCCUCAAACAUCCUCCCAAGUUUACUGCUGGCUUCUUCAUGGAGAAUGGUACAGAAGACCGUGGCGCUGACGGUGAAUGCUACCUAGAUAAUGACAAUGCUGACCGUCAACAAUUGAGGAGGAGGCGACCACCUCGCCAGGACAAGCCCCCACGCUUCCGUCGACUGCGUCAAGAGCAGGAACCUGGCACAUGCCAGUGGGCAAGUGAAGAGUACAUCAAUGGAGCAAACUUUGCCAACCCCUGGCCAGCUCGUUCCAAGGUGAGUGGAGAGGAUGGCUGGCCCAAUAGUCAAUACUCUGGAGGUGGACGGCUGGGUCCGCACGGACAGGCAGAAGACUGGGAGACAGGCUCUGAAAACAGUGACUUCAACGACUGGAGGGAGAAAUGUGGAGGUGGGGGUCAGCAGACCCAUGGAGAUUUACAAUCAGACUCUGGCCACGGCGAGCAGGGCGCCGGAGAGAAGAGGGAGCUAGCCAAGAGGAGCUUCUCCAGCCAGCGUCCCCUGGUUGACCGGCAGAACAGGAAACCAGAACCAACGAUGAUGGAGGGGAACAAGAUGCCACGGUCUGCAGAUACUUCCACAGCCCCAUCCUCCUCCAGCAGAAAUGACAGCUGGCAGAACGGAGUAUCACCAGGCUGCAAAAGGACUACUGAUGAUUCCGGCCCGGGCCUUGGCUCAGGUUCAGUCUAUAGCGUUGAGCAGUCUGAGGAAGGCUAUCAGAGUGGGCCUAAUGAGCCUUUGGGGAAAAAAAUCGAUAAGGAGCUGAAGGGCAGUUCUGUCAAAGGAGAAAUGGCUGAAUCUCUAUCCCAAUAUGAACGUUGCAGCUAUCCAAUCGAGAGUGAUGCUGGAGGCACAGUUCCAUGUUCGGAUGCAUACCAGGAUGCUUUGUCCAAAAAACAGCGGCGGCCACAGGAAGAUGAGAGGAGGAGAAAGGAACAGGGAGCUCCUGUGCCAGUGAAGAACAGAACAAUUACAUCAAAGAUGCCCCCUCGCUUUGCCAAGAAGCAGGGCAGUUUAGCAAUGGAGCAACCAGAUGAGGCACUGUCCACCAACAAUCUGGGCACAGAGAUCUGGGAGACCAACAGCUCAGCCCUGUCAGUCCAGUCAUCAGGAGGAGACUCAUGGACCAAGCAAGUGUCAUAUACAGGAAGUGAACCUAACUCUGAGGAUUCUGAUGCAAGCCCAGAACCCAGCAAGGAGCAGCACAAACCUGGCCCCAUCGGUAAUGAGCGAUCACUGAAACACCGCAAGGGCUCAGAGGCCGUUGAGCGCCUGGAAGGUGGCCCCAUCACACCUGUCAACGGAGUGGACCACCAUGUGGACACAGUGCUGCCAGUACCACCUAUUGAGUUUGGUGUGAGCCCCAAGGACUCAGACUUCAGCCUGCCAUCCGGCUCCACUCCAGUGCCCGUGUCCAACCCAGUUGCCAAGCUGCAGGAUGCCCUUGCUAGCAACCCGGCCCUUAACCAGAGCAUCCCCAUGCUACGCAGCAACCACCUGCAGCCAGGCAUCAACCUUAACCCAAUAUCCUUCCCCAGCGCAGACCUUACUCUCAAGAUGGAGUCAGCCCGUAAGGCAUGGGAGAACUCUCAGUCCCUCCCAGAGCAGGGCUCCCCAGGUGGGGUCAGCUCCAGCACCCAGCCCCCCUGUAGCGUGGGCUCCUCCACUGGGGUCAGCUACAGCUCUUUUGGGGCAAUGCCACCCAUGCCCGUGGCUUCUGUGGCACCCUCAAUGUCCAUGCAGGGUAACCAUAUCCCUCCACUGUAUUUGGAUGGCCAUGUUUUCCCCAGUCAGCCUCGCCUGGUGCCCCCAACCAUGACCCAGCCACAGAGCUACCAGCAGGCUGCUGCGGCACAGCAUAUUCCCAUCUCUCUGCACACAUCCCUGCAGGCCCAGGCCCAGCUUGGUCUCCGUGGAGGCCUGCCUGUCUCCCAGUCUCAAGAGAUAUUCAACUCCAUCCCUCCAUUCAGGUCCCAGGUGUACAUGCACCCCAACCUAUCCCAGCCCAGCCCCAUGGUGCUGUCUGGUGGAGCUCCACUGAAGGGCCCUUACUCAGCCUUCCCAGCCAUGCAGCCCUCAGACAUGGUCAAGCCCCAGUCAGGUUCCCACUAUCAACCUAUGAACGGAAGCCAGCCUCUGGUGUACGACGGACAGAUGAACCAGGGCGCAGGCAUGGGCUCCUCCCAGCUCAUGGAUUCCCAGCUCAUUCAGGUGACCAUGCCCUUACCAGGCUCCCAGCUGCGCUACGGCUCGGCCCAGCAGCACCUCAUUUUGCCCCAGUCUAUCCAGCUCCAGCAAGGCCAGAACCUGACAGUGGGAGCUCCGCGCCGCAUGAUGCCCCCCGUCUCCCAGCCUCCUGUCCUGACAGGCAACAGAGAGGCUUCUCAGAUGGAGAUGAAAGGGUUCCAGUUUUCUGACAAGUCCAGUCACUCCCCAGGCAUGCCAGGCUCCUACAGGCCUGGGUCUGCCAGCCCCAGUGGGAAGCCUUCUGGUCCCGGGGGUUCUAUGGGCCCACUGUCUGGACAUUACACUCAACAGGUGCCCCCUCCACAGGGCAGCAUGGUGAUGCACAUGCGCCCUCCCACCACUGGCCCUUUCCCUACCCCCAUCCAGCGACCUGUCAUGCAGGUCAACAAGACAGUCAUCAUCCGCUCUCCCCCUUAUCCCAACCCUGGCCGUGAGCCUCUCCACUCCACCCCACCCUCUGCCCCCGAACCCCCUGUCAAAGGGUCGGAGGAUGGCAUGAAGAGUAAAGGCCUGCAUGGCGUGUGCCAGGUAGUGGGUGAGGCCCAGGCUCCUUUGGGGGGCCUGACCAGCAAACUCCAGGAGCCCCUCAUCUCGGGCAGGCAGGACAAACAAUCACGCACCGGAGCCAUCAAACCCCAUGCCAUCAGAGUAGAGGAGGGCAAGGCAUAGCAACGGACCUUAAACCUCCACUUUCCCACCCAGAUUGCCAGCAGAAGCAGUUCUGAGCCCUCCAUUGCCCCUCCACCACCCAGAACUGGCAUUGAACAGAGGACCUGACUGGUUGGCAGGCAUACUGAACCCUCCCUGAACUGUCAAAACAGGACACUUGUUGUUAUUCCUUCACACCACAUACAGAUAUAUAUAUAUAUAUAUAUAUAUGCAUAGACACCAUCGUUUGGGACACUCUUCUAAGCAGACUUCAAGGUCCUUUUUAUUUAUUAACAUGUAUCUGUGUCCUUUUUUGCAAGAAGAAUAAUGAUAGAGGAAAACAUUUAAAAAAAAAACAAAAAAAAACGUUUGUUUUGUCCUUCUUGGAUCAGUCCGGGGGAAAAAAAAAGAAAAAGGAAACCGCCAGCCCCCGCACAGUCCAUUCUCCACACCCUUUUUGCCAAACUGUACUCAGACCUAUUUUUGGGACUUGCUCCCAAAAAAGGAGGCUGACACUUGAGACAAGAAAGCAAAAUUUGUAUAGUGUUUUCUUUUAAGUGGCACCUGUUCAUCUUUUCCCACUCUCCUUUUCACAUGAUAUGCGAUUAUAUGCUGAUAACAGUGGACAGUUUUAACUUUUUUUUUAUAUAUCAUUGCUUGCUUGCUCCAUUAUUAAAGGACUACUUUUAUUCAAUAAAAAUCCUUCAAACUCAACUUUAAGGACAUUAUUGUGGCUUAACAUGGGAAGCUUGAUCUGAUGUGAGUCAAUCUUUUGGCAGUCCUUAUAGGGUACUUUACAUAGGCUACAGCUCAAAGACUGACUAAACUGCUUAGAUUAUUAGUAUAAAAUGAUGGUCUUUAUUAUUUAAGAUGCUGUUAUUUUGCUUUUCCGUUUUGUUAUCCUCCGUUUAUGUACUUUGUAAACAAAAGCAAAAGUUGGGACAUCAUGUCGCCUCAUUGGAAGCUUUUGUGGCGUUGAUGCUGUGUGCAUGUGACACGCUGAGUGUGUAAAACCGCAGAGCCUUUCCACGGGACCUGCAGAGACAUUUCUAGAAAAGACUACCUGAAGUUAUUGGACAUAAUGCAGCUUAUGCAUAAUGUGUGGUUGGCAUAAUUUGGCUGUUCUGUUUUCAGGAAGCUGAGGGUGAACUUCAUUUAAUUAUUAAUGUAAAAUCAAAUCAAACUAGCCAAUAUAAAUUUUGUUUUUAUCUUUAUUGCUUAAUUCUUGGUUGUGAUGAGUUGGAAAUGUAUGACUUACCGUGAUUUUUCUAAUCCUCUUCAGUGUUUAAUGUUUUUUUUUCUCCCCAUAAAAAAAUCUGUAAUUCUUCCAUUUUAAUACAAUUUUAAGGAGAGGUGUUGUGAAGGAAUGAGUGGACACCUUUCUAUAUUCUUUCCCAUGUCAGGUCUCUGGUGUUGCAAGGAGAGGGAAAAAAUGCAGCCGAGCUAUAAUCUCAAUUAGGGUCCAAAUAUAUAUUUUUAUGUAUGAUUUGACUGCAAACAUGACUUAAGGUUAGCUUGAUGAUUUGAUGUCCUUCGCUUAAGCUUAUUUUGUGAGCACUACAGUUGCAACAGACUCUGAAGAAGGUAUAUUAGCUUUCUGUUGUUGGAAAGAUUUCUUAUUUUAAUGGUCACAUGGACACUUGGUUUGAAAUUCACUAUUCAGUGCGAUCAUAACUGAUUAUAUAUGUUACAGAUUCUUAUGGUAAUGCUUCAUGACACUACAACAUGUUCAGCUUCAUCUAUGUGGGUUGUGUUUCACUGGUAUACUGUGUACAUGCAUUGCAUACCUGUACAGUUAUAUUCAGACUUGAUCCAUGGGUGAAGCCUGAUAUAUAGGCUACUGCUUGAUUUAUAUAUUGUAUCACAAUAAAAGGAUUUAAUGUUAAAAGGCCUUUGUUUUUACAGGGUGAACUGUUUUCACUGUUCAUGAGUUGUUGUUUUUUUGUAUCCAGUUUCUGCUACUGUUUCUCUGUGUGGAUUGUCAGCUUUGGACUCAUCCAGUAGUUCAGUAUACAGAAACUGCUUACAUACACCAGAAGCUGUUUUGAGGGGUUUCCUGUUAUCUACACUCAUACCUGUAACUACACAGCAAGAUUUCAUCCAGGUGCAUUUUUUUUUCUCUACUUUUAAGUUUUUGUCAAAGUAUCAGUGCUCUCUGGAACUGAUUACAGUAUUCAUCCUACCAAAUAUUUUUCCUUUUAUUACCAUGUCUGGUCAUUGUUCGCUCUUUCCAUGCUAAAAAGAGCUAAGUGAAAAUAAAGCAGUUGUGCUUUAUCAAA